AUGGUUGGCCAUUCUGAGAUUCUGUUGUCAAAGUGUGCGCAGUUUCGAGAGCAAGGUGAAUUCACUGAUGUUUAUUUAAAAGUGGGUGGAGAAGUUUUCUCAGCUCAUCGCAUUGUGCUCGCUGCCAGUAGCGAUUAUUUCCACGCCAUGUUUGCUCAUGGAAUGAAAGAGUCGAACCAGGAAGUGAUCGAACUCAAAGAUGAAAGCAUUUCAGCAGCUGCCUUGAAGAUCGUGUUGGAUUCCAUCUACAGCGGCGAUCUUCAAGUCAAUGAUGAAAACGUACUUGAUGUACUUGUCGCAGCCGAUCACCUCCAAGUUACAAGUGUUGUUCAACAGUGUUGUGAGUACUUGCAAACCCAGUUUGUUCAGCUUCGAUUUGAUGUGCAGAAAUAUUGUCAGAUCUGCACCAUUGCAGAUCGGCACGGACUGAUAGACCUACAAGAAGCUACACAACUCAAGAUGGCGUCAAUGUACAAGGACGUUUGUGGGAAUGAAGAAUUCUUGUCCCAUAUUGACGCUAAUCAAUAUUCUAACCUUCUCAACCGAGAUGACCUCAGUGCUCCUUCAGAGACGUUCGUCUUCACAUCCGUGAUGCAGUGGAUCAAACACAAGAAGGAAGAGAGGAUGACAGUCGCGGCUAGAGUCAUCGGAGCGGUUCGACUGGGGUUGGUGGACAUCAAAGAAGUCAUCCGAGAACUGAACACAGAGGAGAUGCAACGAUUUCCAGAGAUUCAUUUACUUUUGCACGAAUCACUUCUGCACACUUGCAUGCCAUCUGUGAGUUCGAAGUUUGCAGUAGAGAAAUCCAAACUGCGUUCCACGAGUCAGGUAUGUGAACGAAAAUAGUGUGUCAAUAAACUUACAUUGAUUUUUAUACGGGGAAAGUUUAUCUUAGUUUGACUAUAACGAAAAGCGAGCCCACUUGUACAUGCACUAACUUAAUUAGGUAUCUUUGUUCGUAAAGGGAGUUAAAAGCCGUAUGGCUCUCAACCUGUCCGAUAUGAAAGCUACAACAAGGGACAAAAGUGUUAAGACACUUCUGUAAAAUGGCCCCUUUUUGCAUAGUGAACAUACCUAUCCCCUUUCCCUGUGUACCCCCACUCCCUCCCCCAAAAUCAAUGUUGUAUUCUAGACCCGCCAAGUCUUUCUUUUACUUCAAACAACAUUGAUUCGGGGGUGGGGGAUUUACGGCGUUUGAAUAGAAUGAAAUAAUAAAUGAAUGAAAUUGUUGAUAAAAGCACCCGUUUCAGUUAGACAAGUGUGUCAACAACCUCGUUCCCAGGGAUUUCGCCUACCCUGGGAGCGAGGUUGGUGUGUCAACUACUUUUGUCCCUGAUUGUAGUAUAAGACCAUGGCCAAUUAAUUCAUGGGCACCCAAUGACGAUUUCCUCCUAAAUACGUUGAAACACUUUUCAGGCUAUUCAUAGUACUCUUAGAUCUCUAGAAAUGUAUUCUAAGCGGUGCUAUAAAAUUGGUCAUCCUAGGGGACUUUGACUUUUUUCGAAAUUACAAGAGCUUCAGUAUAAUUUUCCCGAAAAUUUUAGACGCAAUUUAUAUUUUUACGAAUGUGAGAAUUUUUCUGAUUCCUAUCUAAAUCACACUUUUGAAUCCGAAAAUUUUAGGUUUCGUUUUUUACGAAAAACAGCAUUACUUGGGGAGUGAAAUGAGAAAAAUUAAUCUUCAGAAAAUCUUAGGAAUCUUAUUGGAUAAGUUUCGAAAAUUGUACAUGAAUGGAACGGCCAUCUAGAAAUUUGUAGCCGCCCUCAAGCAAUAGAAAAUUCUAGGCAAUAUUUGCUUCUCCGAACAGAUACUUUACAGAAAACAGUCGUUGGAUGCCCAUGUUAAUUAAAAGUAAUGUUUCCUAUGCUCGAGACAACUUAUCCAACAAAGGUUAAAAACACCCCGCGAAUCGUAACCAGCUCUCGCCGACACAGUGUAAUUAUUCGAAAUUAUAACAAACUUCUUUUGUUCGUUUGGCGAAUACCAGCAUGUACUGUAUUUUCAAUAUAAUAUCAUAGGUAACGAAUUACUCCUUAACUUUGGCGCGAAAUUUCAGCGAUAAUUUGUAAUUUCACAUGUGAAAUUACAAAAUUGCAAUGGCAACCUUCCGUACGGCGCAGUGUCAAGAUGGCGACAAAAUUUUAGAAUGUCAUAAAUGAAGAUGCCAGGGCAUAAAAAGACGCUUUAGAAAACCUAAACACACGAAAGAGCACAUCAAGAAGGAUUCUAAAAGUAUUUUGUCAAAAAAUUCUGAACUUAAGCCAAAUUUAAGCUCUAAACGUUCGAGAGAGUGGAGUUCUCGAUCGAUACGACAGUGAUACGAUCCAGGAUAAACAUGUCAAAAAUCCAAGAUUGCUAACGUAAUUCGUCACCUAUGAUAUUAAUAGGUAAUCAAAUAGUAUACUCGUGAAAUUAGGGAAUAAUUUCACUUACAUUUUGUCCAAGUCCUAAUAAUUUCUCUCGCCUAAAGGCACGGGAAAUUAUAAGGAUUUGGACAAAACGCGCGUGAAAUUUCACUCGUCACCAUUUGAUUACACAUACAAAUUUAGAGAUGAAAUAGCCGUGUUAGAAAGAGGUAAUCGAAGGGGGUAAAAUUGGAAUUGGGAUUUGCCGUAUUUUUAAGAUUGGAACUGAAUAGGAUUUUGGUACAUAAACAGAUCAAACCCCGUUAAAACGGACACUGAGGGGACCAUAGAAAGUGUCCAUGUUUAGCCGGUUAAAUAGCCUGCAGUGCAGGCGUAUUGUGGGUGGGCGAAACCUUGUUCGUGUUCGUAAUAUUGUUGUAGCCGCCAUCUUUGAUUUUAUGACAGUGGAAGAUUGGGGAGAGUAGAAAUAGUAACCCGUAUGGCGAGCUCGAAGAAAACGCCUGCACUGCAGGCUACCGGUUAAAUUUAAAGAAAAUGUAAGGGCUUUGUCUCCCCAAGGACAAAGCAAACUGUCCGUAUUAAGCGGGUGUCUGUAAAGCGGUGUUUGAUCGUUUAUGUCAGUAUAAUUGCAGACGUCUCUUGCUUCCUUUGUCGCUCAAGGAAAACAUCUGCACGCAGGCUAUACUAGGAUUUGACCACGCACCUUUGCCACUGGGAAUGGGAUUUGAGGCAAACGUCGAAUGGGACUCUAGAAUUUGAACAAAAUUUGGGUUGGAAAAAGGGACUUGAAAUAAAUAUUAUCUUGACUUGUCUUGACCUUCAAAUGGUCAUCUCAAAACGACGAAUUAACUAGCAACAAUAAUUAUUGUUGCAUUAAAAACCCACACCACUGCUUUUUUUGGCUUUUCGCCAAUGCUGGAUUGGACGUCCAAAACGGACGCAAGAGAGGAUAAAUGAGGAGACCCAACUAAGUAAUCUUUAACUUUCUCUUCAGCUCCUUGUUGCUGUUUCUCCUGGACAAAAUAUUGACUACUUUGAUUUUGAACAUAAAAUCUGGAAGCCACUGGGAAUGUCAAGGGAAGGAGGCAGACAUUCAGAAAUAUCACAUUACUGUGCAGAGACUGUUGGUAAUAGUUUGUAUGUUGCCGGUGGUCACCCAAAUUACACUAACGUAGAUUUUAUUUCUUGUUAUGACUUAGAAAGAAAUGUGUGGAAAACACACCCGCACUCUGUUGGAGCAAUCAGCAGUAUGUGUACUGUAGGAGACUACAUGUAUACAUUUGGUUUUGAUUGUCAAAAGCCUCCUCAGCGGUAUAGCUUGGCUGAGGGUCAAUGGCAGAAUUUUACAAAUGUCAAGGGACUGAGGGGGAUGUACUUCCACAAUAGUGGAGCCCCAGCACUUCAUUCUGAUGUGUUUGUUCUUUAUGGAAAAAGAUUAAAUGAAAAAGGUUAUUGGCAAGUGCGAAAUGCCUCGCUACAUUGUUUUGAUCAAGUGAGAAACGUGUGGGAAGAAAAAGCAACAACCUGCCAUCCUCAUUUUGGGUCCAGUCUUUUUGUAGUGAACGGUAAACUUUACGUAGCUGGGGGUAAUGUUAAUGCUGAUUCCAGCGGUUCACUGUAUGGUAACCCUGCACCAGUGGAAGUGUAUGAUGAAGAAAACAACAAGUGGUCGGUUGUUGACCAAAAACAUAUUCCAGAAAACAACCUUGGUGCAGUGGAAGUAGAUGGGAGGGUUUAUUUCAUCAUCAAUAAAUUUCCAAUUGAUAGUGGUAUAAGAAUCCCACCAGGGGAGGUGUAUCCUGUUUCCUUGCACAAGUGGGAAAAACUAGGGAACAUAUCCGGGACAGCCGCCCUCUGUUAUGCACCAAUAAAAAAAGAGAGCUUAAAAACAGGGUAA